AUGGAGCGUCUCAUGGAAUCAGUCACGGUACCUUGUUCCAAUGUCAAAUAUGGAUGCGCUGAGAAGCUCACUUAUUACCAGAAAGAAGAACACGAAAAGGAAUGCCCGAACGCUCCAUGUUUCUGCCCGGAGUCCAGCUGCAGCUUUGCAGGGGUAACCGAUGCCCUCCUUGACCAUUUCACUACCCAGCACAAGUGGCCGUCUACAACCAUCAAAUACUCUGAAGAUGUCACGUUCCGCCUAGAACCAGGCUUACACUUUCUGCGUACCAAAGACAGACAAAUUUUCCUACUCAACGUGGUACUAGAGCCUGUCGGGCAUGGCAUCUCUGUCGUCUGCAUCCAACCUAAAGCUACAAACUUCAAGUUCAAAUGUACAGUGUCCUACCACUCCUUUAGUACCAGCUAUUAUCAGAUAUCAGUUUACAAGAUACGAAGCUCAUCAUUGUCUGAUGGGCUACCGAAGGGAUACAACUUAAUUCUGCCCAAAGAUGAGAUAGCUGAUGAUGGAAAGGGUACCUUGCUUACGUUCUCCAUUGAUGAUCCUAAUCCUAAAGCAAAGGUGCAUGAGCCCAUAUGUCUGAAACCAUUCAUUCGUGUCAUGGACCAAACUGCGCAGGGAACGUUGCUGUUUGGAGUUGAAACAAGUGAAGUGGGUUACAUUGACCAUAUAAGUGUACCUAGCCAUAGAUUUCAAAUGCUGUUUGUUGCAUACGCUGUCAUCUUUUUUGUUGGUGUUGAAAGAUACAACUUGUUGGUGUUGAAAGAUAAAUAUAACAAAUGA